AUGCCAAAACCUCAAGAAACACAAUCUAAUGAACCUACUCAAGUUCCACAAACUAAUCAACCUAUGUCAAAACCAAAAGUGACACAAUCUUUUGAUUUGAAUGAUCUUCCUUCGGACCCGGGGGAUAGGCCAAAGAUUAUAUCUUAUAAUCCUAAUCAAAGGGAUGAAAUAAGGAAGGCAUAUUUGAUUAAAGGGUCUUGUCAACCAAAGGGGCAUAAUUUUAAAUAUACAUUAUUUAGUAAUAAGCCAAGACGUUUUGUUGUGCAAUGGUUUACUGAUUUUCCAUGGUUAGAAUAUAGCAUAAAAGAUAAGAAGACGUAUUGUUUUUGUUGCUACUUGUUUGGAGAUAUGGUAGGGGAACAAGGUGGAAGAGAUUUAUUUAUAAUCGAAGGCUUUGACAAUUGGAGUAAAAAAUGCUCAUUCCGGAAACAUAUGGGUAAUAUUCAAAGUUAUCACCAUAAGGCCCAAGAAAAGUGUGAUUUGCUAUUGAGAAAAAACCAAUCUAUCGGUGAAGUCUUGCAUAAGCAAACAAAACUUGAGACAAGUAAUUAUGAAAUUCGGUUACGUGCUACAAUUCGUAGUUGUAGAUUUUUAUUGAAAAAUGCAUUACCAUUUCGUGGACAUGAUGAGACGGAAAAAUCUAAUAAUAAAGGACUUUUCAUUGAAGUCUUAUCUUUGAUCAGAGAAGAUAAUGAGAAAAAAUUUAAAGUUAAAUUAGAAAAUGCUGCAAAAAAUGAAAAGCUGACUUCUCCCACUAUUCAAAAAUUGAUGAGUCUAGUGAUGUUUCCAAAAAAAAAACAAAUGACAAUAGUUUUGAGAUAUAUUGAUAGACUUGGGACUGUAAAGGAAAAAUUUAUUGGAGUUGUUCACGUGUUGGAUACAUCUUCUUUGACUCUUAAAGCCGCCAUUGAUACCGUAUUUUCCAACAGUAACUUAAGUAUGGCUCAGGUGAGGGGACAAGGUUAUGAUGGAGCAAGUAACAUGAGUAAGACAUUCAACGCUUUGGUGGUUAAUGUCGUUUGUGGGUCUUGUAAGAGAAAAGAUAUGAUACGAGAGAUGCAAAAAGAAAGAGUGGCAACUGAAAUUGGUAGUGGUGAAAUUGAACCAGGAAGAGGGUUGAAUCAAGAGAUUUCUCUUGUACGAGCUGGAGAUACUAGAUGGGGUUCACAUUUUAAAACAAUUGUAAGUUUGGUGAAGUUGUUUGCAGAAGUUGUUGUGGUACUUAAAUAUGUCAGAGAGAAAGGGUCUACUUUAUCUAACCGUAAUCAAGCAAAGGGUAUUUUGUCAUAUUGCAAGACACUUGAUUUCGUGUUUCUUUUGCACUUGAUGUUGGAAAUUCUAUGCCUCACAGAUACCUUGUCAAAGCAUCUUUCAAAAAAAAGAUCAAAAUAUUUUGGAAGCGGCUUUGUUAGUAAAAGGGACAAAGAAAGCAUUGCUAGUUUUUAG